AUGGAAUACCUCCAAGUUCCCUUCCUGAUGCUGUGUGGAGUGGCCUUCCUCGCCGGGGUGCCAUUGAACGGCUACAUCCUCUUCAUCGCCAGCUGCCGUGUGGAGAGGACGGCCAGCGCCGUGUGGUUCUGGAACCGGGCCUUGAUUGAUUUCAUCUUCAUCAUUUUCCUGCCUCUCAGAUUCACCUCCUUCUUCAUCCUGGACUUUGAUUGGGCCAAUAUCCUGAGCAGCACCAUCACCUCCUUCCACAUGUUCUCCAGCGCCUUCCUCCUCACAGCCCUCAGUGUCGAUCGCUGCAUCCUCGUGGCGCGCCCUGAGUGGGCCCAGAACCACCGCACGCCCCGCUUGGCUUUCAUUAUGGUUUUGUGCUUGUGGGCCCUGUCUCUUGGGUUCAGCUUGCGGUACGGUGAUCUCUGGGAAUCCCUCCUCUCAUCUGCCAGCACCAGCAUGAAUUUCCGAGGGGAUAAAGAGAGGGUGAAGGCCGCCGUUUCGAUCCAGUUCCUGGUCGGGUUUCUGAUCCCAUUAGCCUUGAUCUUGAUCCCAACCUUCUACAUCGUUCUAGCUGCCAAGCUGAGAAGAAACAGGCUGAUCCAGUCCACCAAGCCACUCAAGAUCCUUCUUGGCUUGAUCCCAACCUUUUUCCUCUGCUGGCUGCCGUAUCACGUCUUCUACUUCUUGUUGAUGUCAGCUAAGUACCGUCUAUCUCUUUUGAACAGAGGAAGGGCUUUUGCUUAUGUCCUGACAUAUUUCAGCAGCUGCCUCAACCCCAUCUUGUAUAUCACCAUGGAGGAAGAGUUUCUGAGGUACCAGCAACGUGUACACAACCCCCAAACCACCGAAAACUUGUGGUCAGUGCUGGUUGGAUAG